UCCAUUCAUUCUCUUCAGAUUUCCACAAGCUUCAAAUUACACCUACUACUCUAUGGAUUCUCCGAGGAUGAUGAGGAGAGCUAGAGCCGAUGCGGCGUCGUGGUACCUGUCAACGGUUCUGCUGGGGCUGAUUCUGGUGGCGUCGAUCAGGGAGACCUACUCGACGGUGGCGGCGGAGGCGGAGGCGGAGGAUUCGUCGCCGUCGACGACGACUAGGGGGAACCAGCUGGGCGGUCGGGCGUGCGAGGAGAUAUACGUGGUGGGAGAAGGGGAGACGCUGAAUACGAUAAGCGAGAAGUGCGGCGACCCGUAUAUCGUGGAGGAGAACCCGCAUAUCCAUGACCCGGAUGAAGUCUUCCCGGGUCUCGUCAUCAAGAUCACCCCUUUCUUCCCCAGGAACUAGUACCUUAGCUUUCUGUAUUCUACUCUUUUGUUUUUCCCCCAUAGUUAGUCGUUUUAAUUAAAAUUUCUACUUUCUCCGGCGCCGGCAAAAAUGAAUUUCUCAUAUAUUUGUAUGUAUAUAGUGAAGAGAAAAUAUUGAUAUACAAGGCCUACGCAGCUGUUGUUGUGCUGUUUUGAUUUUUACCUUGGUUGAAAAUGAAAAUAUCGUGCUCGACUUUGGAAUUAAUUCGAAAAGGUGGG